GAUGAACCGGGAUAUCUUUUUUUAAAUAUUAUUUUUGCUUAAGGAUACUCACCGACGCCCCAAAAAAUAUAUAAAAUAUGAAUUUCAACCAGAGGAAUUUCGAGGAGACCAUUUAAGGAGAGUAAAAUAUUGGAUAUUUCACUUCAUAAAAGACACGUCAAGAGAGAGGUCAGAGGUCAUGCAGCACUACGGGGUGAACGGCUACUCCCUGCACGCCAUGAACUCCCUCAGCGCCAUGUACAACCUCCACCAGCAGGCGGCGCAGCAGGCCCAGCACGCGCCCGACUACCGGCCGUCGGUGCACGCCCUCACCCUGGCUGAAAGACUGGCUGACAUCAUCCUGGAAGCCCGCUAUGGCUCGCAGCACCGAAAGCAGCGGCGCAGUCGGACGGCGUUCACGGCCCAGCAGCUGGAGGCCCUGGAGAAGACCUUCCAGAAGACGCACUACCCCGACGUGGUCAUGAGAGAGCGCUUGGCCAUGUGCACCAACCUGCCCGAGGCCCGCGUGCAGGUGUGGUUCAAGAACCGGCGGGCCAAGUUCCGCAAGAAGCAGCGCAGCCUGCAGAAGGAGCAGCUCCAGAAGCAGAAAGACGCCUCCGGAGCGACGGAGGCCUCGGCGGAGGACGCCAAGGCCGACGUGGCGCCCUCCUCCGCCGUGGCGCCCGACGCCCGCACGUCUAUCUCUCCCUCGUCCUGCCCCUCGGAGACGGAGAGGCUGGCCGCUCAGCCUCAGCCCGGGGAGACGAGCGUGGAAGUCAACGUCACCUCGCCCGAGCCGUCCGACAGCGAGUCGGCGGCCGAGGACAACGGGGAGGAGGAGCGAGUGAGGGCGAGGACCAGGGAUGAUGUGCGCGGGGACGCGGGCGUGCACCCUGGCAGCAGCUCGCCGUCCUGCAAACCACUCAGCCCGACGUCAGAUUCCCCCCUGAGCUCGCCCGCCCUGCCGUCCUCCAGCAGCGUGACGAGCGGCCUGUCCCACAGCAACUCGUACGCCUCGUCCCCGCUCAGCCUCUUCCGGCUGCAGGAGCAGUUCCGGCAGCACAUGGCGGCCACCAACAACCUGGUGCACUACCCGCCCUUCGACGUGAGCGCGCCGCCGCCGCCGCCGCCUCCCUCCUCCCUGCCUUACUUGGGCAUGAACGUCAACAUGGCGACGCCGCUGGGCUCGCUGCCCUGCCAGUCGUACUACCAGACGCUGUCGCAGGCCCAGCAGGUGUGGAACAGCCCGCUCCUGCAGGGGGCGCCGGGCGGCCUUCCGGGAACCCUCAACAGCAAGACCACCAGCAUCGAGAACCUGCGGCUGAGAGCCAAGCAGCACGCGGCCUCGCUGGGAUUGGACACGCUCCCCAACUGAUUCCUGUUCCAGCCAGGCCCACUGGGACCCCGGCACAAAAACUCAGACGGACUUCUCGGUUUGACUUUCUUCCUGCUGGGAGAACAUCAUGGACUUUAAACAUUGAUCAUGCUUGUGACUCUUGUUGCCUCCAUUGCUUUCGCUGCACAAAUAUGAAAUACUCUCCAAAUAUGCAUGCAGGCUAGCAAUGUUUACAGACGUAGCGUUGCCAUGGCACCAGCUCAAAAUAAACUAUCGGUCAGUGUAAUCAUCCGAAGUAUCAAUAUGGCUGUUUAAAUUCAAUUGUGGCUUUGAAGUGGGAGUAAAAAAACAAUUAGGGCUCCCCCUGCUGCAGGGGUGUCAAACGUAUGGCCCGUGGGCCGGAUCAGGCCCGCAAACAGGUUUUAUCCGGCCCGUGGGAUAAGUUGGCCUAGUUUAAAAAUGAGCCGAAAUUUUUGAAUGAAAGAAACUGCUGUUCUAAAUGUGUCCACCAGGUGUCGCAAUAGCAAUUAUUUGUAUCUUUGUAGAUGCUACAUAUGUAAAAAAUAAUAAUAAACCACAUGUUAGUGCACCAGUCGAGGAAAAUGAGCAAACUACAUGAAUAACAUCCUGUAAUUUGAUUUUGAUAUUCUUUUCUUUUUAUCUUGAUAUAUUGAAAAUUAACACCAAUGAGUUGACUGAUGAACAUUAUCACAUAAUUUAUUCAGAAAGUAUAAAUAACUACAAAUAAAGAUAGAAUACUAUUAACCGCAACAUAUAAGCGUAAACAAAACAACAUACAUUUUUCAACAAAAAUAACAAUCUAAAGUUGUCUUUAUUUUUAAGUUAUCGUGCCGUGAUUUUACCAGUCAGGCCCACUUGGGAAUAGAUUUUUCUCCAUGUGGCCCCCCACCUAAAAUGAGUUUGACACCCCUGCCCUACUGGAAUGAAUGUACACGCCAAUCAACUCCUAACAUGUCUUCAGUAGUAAUGUAAGCAUCAAAUAUCUACUGUGUGGACCAUUAAAACAGGUGAUCAAAUGUCACCAUGGCAACAACAGCAACAACACCCCCAUCCAAUUACAAGCAAGUGUUCUCGCCAAAAUACAACAAGUAAGCAACGGCGGCAUUUUGGACAGCGGGUGAAUACGGCUGCUGCUGGAAGAAUGAAAGGCCAACUGUGUAUUAUAUAUCGCUGUAGAUUUAAGAUGUGAGUACAAAGUCAGUAAUUUAUCUGUGAAAUGUAACGGGAAUAAAUCCGAG